AAACCUAACCUACACCUACAGAUACGUGAUACGUCGGAUACGUCCAUGUUUAAUAGAAAGUUUUACUGUUCAAGUAUUAAAUAAGUGAUAAAAGUGUGAGUGAAUAUAAAACCAUUUAGCAUUCAAGAUUAUUAAAAGUUAUUUCCCACAGAUAUGGAUAAAAAGAAUAAAAAAUCUGGAAGCAAGCAAAUUUUUAUCAUCACUCCCGAUGAAUUAGCCAGACUUGGAAUUUUAGCGCAGCUAUCCAGUGCCGCAGUAAGCGCCAAGCCUGCUGAAGAUACCACACCUAGUCCAUCAACUUCAAAAAGUGUAGACAAAAUCACUGAAACUCCUGACAUUUGUAACAUCUUAAGAACAGCUCUGAAGAAAAAACUUACAGCCAAAAAUCCAACUGACCAUCAAACACAAGAGUUAUCAGUAAAACAGAAAAUUGGUAAGAAGAUUAGAACUAAGGUACUAUCUGGAGAACUAGAAUUGUCAGGGCCAACUCAAGAAACACAUGUUACAGUACCAAAGACAACUAAUAAAUCUUCAAAUAAAACUGUAAGUGUUAUUAGUAAUACUGCAGUCAACUUAAGCAAGGAUACCAUACACAAGAUUGUAAGUCACGCCCCAAUAAAAUCUGAGAUUGUAGAUAAAGAUGGUAAACAAUCCAAUCAUGCAAAAAUUACACCAAUUAUAUCAAAAAUCAAGAAAGGAAAAACGGAUAAUUCUGAAACCAUACUUCCUUUAUCUACUGUGAAUCUGAAGAUGAAGAAACCAACUCAUAAUGUAUCAAAAAUCAGGGAAGAAAAAACUACAAAACCACAUACUGAAGAGCUAGAGCAUAGCAUCAAAACAAAUAGAAUAACAAAUGAAAUCGAUAAAGCAGAUCAUGAUGAUAAAAGUAAUAAAAUAGUUGAAAAGAAAGACAGAGAACUUAAUAAACCUAUUAAGAGAGACAGAAAAGGAAAUCUUAACAAACAAACACAAAUUCAAGAAGUAGUAGUACACGCAUCACCAGACACAGACAUAAUAACAAGCAUUGUUGAACAUCCUCAUAAGAAAAACAAAUCAAAAAAGGUAUCAUCAACAGAAAGCGAAUCUCGUAUUAGUGAUUCAUAUAUUAUUGAACCUGUUGAACAGUGUCUUGACUUAAGGAAUAAAUCUAAUGAACUGCUUCAAGGAAAAAUAGACAGAACUCAGUGUGAUGUGUUCGUUAAAGAGUCUAGAAGACCUAGACUUACUGUUACAGACAAAACGUUGAUCAGAAACACAUCUAUAAGGCGAUCUCUUUCACGCAAACCACCUAAACUGGUUGAUAAAACAAUUGAUAAAUUAGAUUUUAAACAAAUAAAUAUUAUUCCACUCGGAUCAAAGAAUACUGCAACAGAAACAGAAUUACAUGAAACUGCUGACACAGAUUUUAAAUGUACAGAAAUAAUUUCUGAAGAGAAAAAUUUAGAUGGUAAGAGAAAAUCUGAAAGUCCAAAAGAACCCUCAGUACAUCAAGAAGAAUUGAAAACAGUAUUAAGAGCUCCAGUUGUUACUUCAUCAAGAGGGAUGAAUACUUCUGUAGAUGUAGAUGAGAGCUGUGAAAAACCUGCCAAGAAAAAAGGAGCUAGAAAGUCCAAGAAUCUGGUGGUACCGAAAUUUGAACUUAAAAAAUACAUUAGUGACAAGAAAGAAACUGAAUUAAUACCCAUCACACCAGUGAAUGCUAUAGAAUUAGUACAACAAUCUGGAGAUAUAGUCACCACCUCUAUAGAUAACUCAAUAGAAGUAUUUAGUACCUGUACACAACGCGAUAAAAGCUGUGAAAAAUCUUCUAAGGAAAAAGGAAGUAGAAAGUCUAAGAAUUUGGUGGUUUCGCAUGAAAAAAACUCAGAAGAUAUUAGUGAAUCCAAAAAAAGUGAAUUAGUACUCAUCACACCAGUAAGUGCUAUAGAAAUAGUGCAAAAAUCUAUAGAUACAUGUACCACCUCUAUAGAUAACUCAGUAAAAGUAGCCGACACCUGUGUACAAGGUAUUGGGAGCCGUGAAAAACCUGCUAAGAAAAAAGGAGAUAAAAAGUCUAAUAAUCCGGUAGUACUGGAAGAUGAACCCCAGAAAAGCUUAGAAGACAUUACUGAAGAGAAAAAAACUGAAUUAGUACCCAUCACUGCAGUGACUGCUAUAGGAAUAGUGCAAAAAUCUGUAGAUACACCUACCACUUCUAUAGAUAACUCAGUAAAAGUACUCAACACUUGUGUACAAGUAGAUGAGAGCUGCAAAGAACCUGCUAAGAAAAAAGGGGGUAAAAAGUCUAAGAAUUUGGUGGUAGCGGAAUUUGAACCUGAAAAAAAUAUUAGCGACAAGAAAGAAACUGAAGUAGUACAUGUCACUGCCGUAAAUAGUAUAGAAAGAACGCAAAAAACGGAAGAUAUUCCCACCAGUUCUACAGAUAACUCAAUAAGAACACUUACUACCCGUGUACAAUUAGAUGAGAGCUGUGAAAAACCCGCUCAGAAAAAAGAAGGUAGAAAGUCUAAGAACCCGAAGGUACCGGAAGUUGAACCUGAAAAAACUUUAGAAGACAUUAGUGACAAGAAAGAAAUGGAAUUAAUACCCAUCACAGCAGUGACUACAGAAAUAGUGCAAAAAUCUGGAGAUACAUCUUCCACCUCUCUAGAUAACUCAGAAAAAGUACUCAACACCCAUGUACAAGAAGAGAAGAGCUGUAAAGAAUCUGCUAAGAAAAAAGGAAGAAGAAAGUCGAAAAAUCUGGUGGUACCUGAAGUUGAACUUGAUAAAAACUUAAAAGACAUUGGUGCAAAGAAAGAUACUGAACUAGUUCCUAUCAUUGGAGGCAAUGAUAUAGAGGUAAUGCAAAAAUCUGGGGAUACACAUAGCACCUCUACAGCUAAUUCAGUUAAAUUACUCAAUACCUCUGUACAAGUACAUGAGAUCUGCAAAGAGCCUGAUAAGAAAAAAGGAGGUAGAAAGUCUAAGAAUCUGGUAGUUGCACCUGAAAAAAACCUAAAAGAAAUCAGCAAAAAGAAAGAAACUGAACCAGUACCCAACACUGCAGUAAAUGCUAUAGAAAUAUUGCAAAAAUCUGGAGAUACGUCUACUAUCUCUACAGAUAACUCAGUAAAAAUACUUAACACCCUUGUACAAAUAGAUGAGAGCUGUGAAAUACCUGCUAAGAAAAAAGGGGGUAGAAGGUCUAAGAAUCUGGUAGUACCGGAAGUUGAACCUGAAAAAGACUUAGAGGACAUUAGUGAAAAUAAAGAAACUGAAUUAUUACCCGUUACUGCAGUAAAUGCUACGGAAAUAGUACAAAUAUCUGGAGAUACACCUAUCAGCUCUAUAGAUAACUCAGUAAAUGUACUCAACACCUGUGUACAAGUAGAUGAGAGCUGCCAAAAACCUGCUAACACAAAAGGAGGUAGAAAGUCUAAGAAUCUAAAGAAACUAGUACCCAUCACUGCAGUAAACGCUAUAGACAUAGUGCAAAAAUCUGGAAAUAUAUCUACGACCCCUAUAGAUACCUCUGUAAAAGUACUCAAUACCUGUGUACAAGUAGACGAAAGCUAUGAAAAAUCUCCUAAGAAAAAAGGAGGUAGAAAGUCAAAGAAUUUGGUGGUACUGGAAUCUAGACCUAUAGGAAACAUUGGUAAAGAUUAUAUUGACAUAAUUGCUGAACAACUCGUAGAAAAGAAAAACUUAUAUGAUGACAGCGACAAGAAAGAAAUCGAAGCAGUACCCAAAAUUUUGGAAAGUACUUCAUUUGGAGCUCAAAAAACUGAACAAGUAUCCACAAGUUCAAUGGAUAAUUCCAUAAGCAGAAUAAAAGUAAAUGACAGCUCUGAAACAUCUGCUAAGAAAAAACGCGGCAAAAAAUCUCAGAGUCUAGUGGUACCAGAAGUCGGAUCUGGUGGAAAUACUGAUCAUAAUAUAGUUACAGAAGAACCUAUCGAAGAUAGAAAUCUAAAAAAUCAUGACAAAAAGGAAAAAACCGAAUCUAGUACAAUACAAAAAACUGGAGAUGCUAAAGAACAAGAUAUAGGUAGAAAUUACGAAGAACCUGCUAAGAAAAAAGGCAGAAAAUCUAAUAAUCUAGUAGUACCAAAUAUGAUCAACAAAACAGGUAUGAAUAUUGAGCUAUCUGUUGAAAAAUCAGGCCACUUAAACAACGAAACCAAAGGAAUAAAUAUCGCUACAAUUAGUACGACUGACCAAGCAGAAAAUAAUCAUAAUAACAUUGAAAAAAGCGGUAAGAAAAAAAGAGAACGAAGGAGGAAAAAUGUAUGGUUAACAGGAAUUGAAUCCGUCAAUCAGUCUUUCAUUACUGACGAAGAAGAUACCUCUACCUUCGAUAUAAGUAUUGAAGAAACCGAUCAAAAUGAGGAACUGGCUACUGAUGUAUCUGUUAGUGAAACAAGUAUCGAACAACCAACUAAAAAGAGGAGGGGAAGACCUCCAAAAGGCGAUAGUCCGGCGCCGGUAACUACUGAUCCUGAGCCGACUGUUAAAUACCACGUAGAAGAGUCCAAGAGGGGUAGAAAACGGGCAAAAAUAAACUAUUUGGAAGUUGAGAUGAUGGGUCAAGAAACUCAGAGUGUUACUACAAAAAGAAAAAGAAAAGCAACUGAAACGUUUGAUACAGAGCCAACUAAAAAGAAGCGUGAUAAAGAACCGGAUACUGAUUAUAAAGUUGAGGAAGACAAGGAAGUUAUCGAUGAAGCCAGUAACAGUAAUGAAGUUGCCGACUCAGAUAAACCAGCUAAGGAUAAAAGGAAGUAUGCUUGGAACGGGAACACGGUGAAGAUGUAUAGCCAAAUGUUUUCUGCUCUUCAGGAUAAUCCAGUUGGUGAACAGAGUGCAGUAGCCAUCCCUGCAUCCCGAUAUAGAGGUCGUCCCAGAAAAGAUAAUGACGUGAAUCGGUCUCUAGUUUGCGAUGAACAAGACCAAGUGACAUGUGCUAUUUGUCGAGAAAUUUUACCAUAUGAGGAUUGGUCCGAUCAUAAUGUAGACAGACACUACAAUUUGGCCUGGCGAGCAGGAGAAGUUCAGUUGUUUUUGGACGAUUAUGCUGUGUUACGGUCCAAAUUACAACAAUUCUUUGGUGGCAAGAAAAAACUUUCUUGUCUAAAAUGCAAUAAAGCAUGUACGAAAUUACUCGAAUUUGUUUGCCAUAGGGAGGAAUGCGAAGGUAUUUUAGUAAAAGGGGAUGUUACUUGUGCUGUGUGUAAUAAAACAAUGGAUAGAAAAUUGUGGACUGCUCAUAAAUUGAAACAUAACAAUUUAGCGUGGAGAGUUGGAGAUUAUCCGUUGGAUCUAAACAGCGACGUGUUGGUAUUAAAGAUCUUGAACGCGUUGUACAAUGCGAAAAAACCUUUGACGUGUGAGACCUGCGGCGCGGUGAAAAAAUCGGUGGUCGGCUUUCUGUCUCAUCGUGGACAGUGCGGAAAGAACAUCGAAGAGGUAAAGGUGAAAUGCGAAUUAUGCGACAGUAGAUGUCUACCUUCGAGUAUACCGUCUCACAUGAAAUCGGUCCAUAAUCCAAAGAAGAAAACCAUCACCAGCGAUUAUUUUGAUAUCGACAUUACCGUUCCGCAAGGCAAGAGAAAAGCAGCCAAAAGGGCUCUAGACAAGAUCGAUGAAGUUGCAAAAGAAGAACUAGAAGAGUAUUUGAAGUACUAUGAGAAACAACUCGAUUUUAAAGAAAGCAAGAAUUUUAUAGCGUAUUUGAAUAAAGAAUUACACGUCAAGAAGUCAGUGAAAUGCAAAAUGCAGAAUUGCCAAUUCGAAUCAGAUAAUACAUCAACGCUUUUGGACCACAUGUCUUCGUGUCCUUCAAAACCAACAGAGUAUUUCACGUGUAAGACGUGUUUUUCCACACACGCGUCCCAGGAGGAAACAAUCCAUCAUUUACGACAAGCACACUCCCUCAAAAUAGGGGACGACGAUGACUGUAAGAAGGAAUUCUGCGAAGAAGACGAACAGGAUGGAGUCGUGUCUGAGAGAUCGAGGAAGAGAAGAUCCAUCGCCUUCCAAGAAAAGAAACAACAACUUUUUAGGUUGAAAAACGAUAGCAGCUUUAUAGCUAGACCUGUCUUUGUCUUGGAAACGAGUAAGUGCCCAAAGGAUAAUUUGCGGAUAUUUUCGCACGCUUUCAAAUACUCCAUCAACUUCUGUGAGACGCAUUAUAUUGAUAGCCACGAUUUGAAAAACUUUAUUUGUAACAAAGACGAUUGGGGAUUAUUAGAAGAGGAAUCUAUCGAGAUGUAUUUACCCCCAUCAGAACUAUCCUGUGAUGUUUUCGUAAAGACUGUUAACGGAUAUGAAAAUGUAUAUAAUUCCGAAUAUACUUUUAAAAAGUAUGAACUCUUUGAGGCGCAGCGAGAAACAGACACCAUCACGAUAUUCUGUGGAGGACCAGUACACUCUUUGGCAUGGUUGCCAACUCCCUACAACUGCAAGAACAAACCUCAAAUUCUAGCAGUUGGUACUAGUCGAGACUUCGAUGCAAUGUACCAAGUGGACGGAUAUUGUAAUGAGCCCACUCUAAUACAGUUCUGGAAUUUUGGUAUCUUGAGGAAUGUGCAAGAAUUUCCGGAACCUAGGUUAGAGUUUGGUCUUGCAGUCGACUAUGGACCGAUUUGGCAUUUGGAGUGGUGUCCUUCUGGAUCUUAUAAUGUUGAAGAUUCCGGGGAAUGGACUAGGAUAGGAUUGCUAGCCGUUUCUGGAUCGACAAUGCCGGUUUAUAUUUAUUCUGUCCCUUCGUUCGGAGAAGAUAAAAGUGGCUUAUUUUACAAACCUCGACCUCUUUUAAAACUGCAGCUGACCGAGAAAGAAGCAGAAUUAAAACGGCUGUCUUUUCCUACCAAAAUAUCGUGGAGUAAGACGAACGGAAGCUGUUCUAUAGCAGUGGGCUAUUCAGACGGAACCGUGGCUGUGUACAAUCUAAAAGCCGUUUCAAAUUCGUUGGACAUUCAAGGCGAUAACUCUACUUCAAAAAUUUUACUUCCUUCCAAAGUAAUAAAGGCUCAUUCUCACUAUGUAUCAGCACUUUCUUGGAUUCCUGUGGGCACCGAUCGAUUUCUAUUCAGCGGAUCUUUUGAUAAAUCCGCCUACGUUUGGGAUUUGCACAGCCAGGAUAAAUUUGCUACGAAAAAAGGCGGAAUUGUGACAGACGGAACCUGGUUGACAAAUUGGUUAUCUCAUAUGGCCACCACCGAGGAAUCCUCGCCUAAAAACUGUAAUGUAGCGAGCACGCUAUACGCACACAGAUCGUUUAUAGAAGACACCAACAACCUCAACAGUUCUCUAGUAACGGUGCUGUCACUAUCAGCUUCCGACUGGCUGAACGGUUUUGUACAAGGAAAUUCAGUAGGAGAAGUAGUUGCUUUCUUCCCACACCAAAUGAUGUUCAAUCAAGAUUCUUUGAAGAAGAGAUCUAAGUAUCGAUUUUUGAUUGGGUACACAAGACUGAUAGACAAAUCAAAGUCUCCUGAAGGAAGAGCCGCUUCGGAAAAGAAGAAACGUGAAAUGUUUUUAACGAGAUCUGAGAGAAGUAAAACUUUUAAAGUGAUGGAUGUCGUUGACGACAAGGAGCUCCACUACGAACCAUUAGACUACCGAGAAGCUGCGAAAAAGUAUGGACUCGUUUUCUGUGAUACUAAAUCGGAUGUACCAUGUCUGAGAAAAUCCACCCACGAGAAUGUAGAUUUGUCCAAACAACACUUGUAUCCCUUACAAGAAGUCAGGAAGGUUUGUUUCAAUCCAAAUAGACAGGCAAGCCUGUACUUUGCUAGUGGGUACCAAACUGGUUUCGUGAGGGUAUCCUACUUGAAGUUUCUUGAAAAAGAUCCGCAGAUCACUUUCUCGGAAAAUUGGGAUGAAUCGACAAUUGAUGAUCGGCAAUAGUACAUCUCGUUUUUUAUGAUUCUUCUUGAACGUCCACGAUUUUACUUUUACCUUUUUCUUGUUGUUCUUUAAGAGAAUAAGCGCAAAAUUUCGAGCCAAUGCUUUUUAAAUGCUUUAAUUUUGUUCAAAUUCUGUGAAAACUAACAAGUAUUUUUGAAAAAUGAAAGAUGAAUGUAGAAUGAAUGAAAGGCAUAAUGAAAGAUUACAUUAUUACCGACGGUAGGAAGUCCGUGAAAACUUCUAUAAUGUUUAUUUUAAUCAGUUACAGGGGUGAAAGAAAGAGCAAAUCUAGUGUGAUUCUCAAUUUAAAAUAUCCCAUUCAAAAGAAAUUUUUUGUUUAUUCUAAGGAACCUUCCGCCCUCGGUAAUAAUGUAGUCUUUCAUUUUACGUUUAAACUUGUUAAAAAUACUUAUUAGUUUUCUCAGGAUUCGAAAAAAAGUGAAUGUAUUUAGAAAGCAUUGGUCCGAAAUUUUGCGCAUACGCUCUUAAAUUAAUUUUGCUCUAAUCAUAGAAGUGACAAUUUUUAUUUAUAAAUCCAAAUCUGAACAACACACUUUUUGUGUUUUUCGUUCCCACCGCUUCUAAUUCUUCAAUUGUUACUUUCUUUUUAUUUGUAAUCAUUCCAUUAUUCAGUACAUUGUUCAAUUAGAAUUCGAUAUAGUUACGACUAUGACCUAGAUCUUUUUUGAUAUAUUUACGUAUGUAACCAGUAUAAAGUUAAUACCAAACCUCUCUUUCAGUGCGUCAUAAAUUUUGACGUCAUAUUGGACUUUAAGAAUGUCGCGAAUAAUUGCAUCACAUUUUAGUUCUGACAGUUGUCAGAAUAUUUUUUAUAUUCAUAUAAAUAUCAAUAUUUAUAUAAAUAUUUUCCAUAAUAUUAAUAUUUCAAAUAUAUUAAUUAAAAAAAAAUAAAUAUGAAAUAAAAUUUCACUAUACAAUGUCCAAAUAUAUUUAAGUCAUAAAAUAUUUAUAUGUACGUUGUUGAAAUUACACUAACCUAGAAUUAUAAUUGUCGUUUUACCAGUUGACAUUGUAAAAGGACUGUCACGAUCGAUUAUUUUUUUUUGUCAAAUUACCUUUAUUCGCAUCAUUGAUUGCUUAUCUAUGUAGAUUAAUGAGAGUAAUGUAAUCGUUAACUAAUUAUACAUCUAUAAGUAUAAGUCGCUUUAAUAUGCAAAUAACCGUCAACGAAUACAUAAUUUUUGAAGUUCUAUAUAUAAUAAUCACGAACGUACGUUUUUUCCGUCACUUCGAACUUAAAGCGUUAGAGAGAAUUCGAUAAACUAUGACACACUGAAAGAAGGGUUUGGUAUGAACUAUAACUGGAGUGUAUUAAACUUAGAAUGUAAUACGCUAAAUUCCUACGUCACGUUGUCAUCUGUCAAGUUUGUGAGAUUAGAAUCAUCAUAAAAGACAAAAUGUUCUAUUUUUGUAAGUACUUUCAAACCAGUUCAUUUACAAAUAUUUCAAAAACAUUUAAUAUUACUAAUUGGUUUAAAACCUCAACAAAUCAUGAUAGUGACCUAUCAUUUUUGAUAUAGCAAUGGAAACAACAUAUAAAGAUAGACAAUUUAGUUUUCUAUGGUUCCAAAAUCUCAACAAAACAUGAUGGCGAGCCUUCAUUUUUAAUAUAGCAUGUUUAAGAUGGUUACAUACACUACUAACUUAACCUAAAUUUGGUAAAGAGCUUAUAAAAAGCGCGAAUAUGUAAAGGUGGUUUUCUAAAUUAGGUAAAAGUGUAUGCUAAAAGAAAACAAGCUCAUAGUCUGUCUACUCUAAUGGAAUAGAUUUGAAGUCGUGGAUUUUUUUAUUCUUUUUUAGUCGCUAAUAUACCGGGUGGUGAAUCGUAAAACGGGCCAUAGGAAACUCAAUGUAAAAUUCUAAACUGUUUAAUUCCUGCUUCUCUAAUUAUUCUACAUCAAAAGUCAUGAGAAAAUAUUUGUAGAGAAUUGAAAUUUGUAUUGAAAUCAAAAGUUAAAAUUGUUCUACAAUUUAAACGCAUUCCAAAAUUUUGAAAAAUAUAAUACAUUUGCCACAAUAGGUAUGUGUGUAUAAGUUAGGCCACACGUUACUAUUUAACUGACAGGCUCACACCAUUGACUGAAUAAAAAAUCUUUAUUAUUAAUACUUUCUCCGCAACUGAGUUUAUCUUAUCAACUGUACUGUUUUUAAACAAUAAAUUAUAAAAUAAAAAUAUUGACAGUUCAAAAAUGUGAAAAUAAUAACUUCAUUGUGACACAUUAUUGCACUGUGUGUGGCCUAAUUUUGGGCUGAAAAACUGAAAAAUGUUUUUCCACCUACCUCUACCGAAAGUAUACUUUUCCGGACCUGAUUGUAGGGAGCAAAGUUGUACUUUUCCUCCCUAGGGAGGAAAAGUAAAAGUGGCGUCAUGGUAUUUCAUUCAUGAAAUAUAACUUAUUGACGCCCUGUACAAUAUCUAUUUUCUAUUACGUAAGUAUCUAUAUAUUUUAACGUUUAUUUAUAAUACACCCCCCGUAUUUCGCAGAAUGGUAAAAAACAGUAAAUUAUUAUUUUGAUUUAACAAUGUUUACAUUAAUAAUUUGACUUAUAUUUGACAGUUGACAGUUAUAUUGUACCUACUUGUUAGUUUUAGUUCUAAUAAAUUUUGUUGGUUAGCUACAUAAAUAAAUUAAGUAAAAAUGAAAAAAUUAUUUGUUAUUUGGGGAAGAUGGAAAAACCAUAUGUAUAACAUGGGAGUAAAGUUUCUUUUCCUCCCUUGAAUGAUUACUGCUCUCCGCUACGCGUCGGGCAAUAAACUUCAUUCUCGGGAGGAAAAGUAGCACUUUCCUCCCUUGUUAUACAAAUAGCUAUUACAUUUUUACAAAAUUUUGGAAUAUGUUUAAUUCGUAGAACAAUUUUAACAGUUGUUGUUUUCAAUACAGAUUUAAAUCCUCUACAAAUAGUUUCUAAUAUCUUUUGGUGUAAAAUAAUUAGGGAAGCAGGAAUUCAACAGUUUAGAAUUGUACAUUGAGUUUCCUAUGGCCCGUUUUCCAAUUCACCACCCGGUAUAUCAUAAAAAGGGAAAUCCCACUAAUUGGCUGUAUACCAUAGCAAAAAUACUGUAGAAGUAAAAAAUAGCUCCUUUUGUAGCUGGUAUAUAUAAAUUUUAUUAAAAAAUUUUCUUAAAAGAUCCAAGUUGGCCAAAAACUUUAGAUCACAGAUAAACGAACGCUUUCGGUCUUAGCAGACCAUCAUCAGGUUAAACCUAGAAAUAAUUAAACCUUAUGCAAAAACGUUGAAAUAAUGCAAAACCUAUAAACUAAUGCAAACGGGUUGAAAUUUUGACAAAGGUUAAAAAUUUCAACCCCCCUUUUGCAUUAGUUUAUAGUGGUUUACUUAUUUCUAGGUUUAACCUGAUGAUGGUCUGCUAAGACCAAAAACGUUCGUUUAGCUGUGAUGUAAAGUUUUUGUCCAACUUGGGUCUUUUAAUAAAAUUUACAUAUACCAGCUACAAAAUGAAGUCUUUUUUACUUCUACAGUAUGUUAAUAUAUAAAUCUAAGCAAUUUUAUGCCGGGUCUUUGAAUAAAGUAUUACAUAUGUGUAUAUAAGUUGUACAAAAUGUUAAUUUAUUGAUAUUAAAUAUUUUUUAACUCGUUUUAUAUAUUUUAUUGUUGUAAUAAAUGGUUCUAAGUAAA